AGAAAACCCCACCUACUCAGCGCUGCUAAUGUAGUCACUGACAGUGCAAGUGUUCUCUCUCUCCCUCGCUCUCUCCUGCUCUCCUCAUAUCUCACUCCCUCUUUCUCUCUCUCUGAUGCGCUCUCUCUUGCUUCUCUCUCUCCUGCUCGCACUCUCUCUCCCUCGUUGUCUCAUACUCCCCUCCUCUCACUCCCUCUCGCUCUCCCCUUUCCCCGAUCUCUCUCUCUCUCUCUCUCGCUCUCACACACACACACAUACACACACUCUCUCUCACAAACACACACUCACACACACUCUCUCAUUUCUCCAGUCCCAAAUAAAUAAAGAGUCACAGAAGGAUGUGGGGGAAAGAGAGAAGUUGCUGCUUUAGGAAGAACAAUGUUGAUGCUACCCAACAUUCUUUAUCUCCUGCCUGCUUUUGAGAAUGUGUGAGGAUUAAAAGCGCGUGGCGGCGAUUACACAGGGAUUUCUACACCACAAAAGGAUGCUCAGUUCUCCCUCCUCUCCUGCUGAAGCCACAGAAGAGAGGACUACCGUAGAGAACUUGUCUCCUCCUGUCUCAGCGCUACCUGCCUAACAGUCAGCCGUGCACAACCACCAGAGGCAAUGACAGCCUUGCUGCUCUAGAGCCCCAUGGAGCGCAGUCCGCCGUUGGAUUCCAUGCUUUGUAGAUAUACAUUCUAAGAAAUUCGUUCUUGGAAGCCAAACCGAGAGAAAAUAAACACUGGCUGCUCACCAGCUCUAUGGUUUUCUGACUCGUCCAAGAUUGUGAUUUUUGGCAUCUGACUAAGAGAUGACCCAAGAACAGUGCACUCAUAGGAACAAUGUCCAGAGCUCAGAGAAACCACAUGUGUACAAAGUGGGGAUUUAUGGCUGGCGGAAACGUUGCCUUUACUUCUUCGUGCUCCUGUUAAUGAUCCUGAUCCUGGUCAACCUUGCUUUAACCAUCUGGAUACUAAAGGUCAUGAACUUCACCAUUGAUGGUAUGGGCAACUUAAGAAUAACGGAGAAGGGCCUGAAACUGGAGGGGGACUCUGAGUUUCUUCAACCUCUGUAUGCUAAAGAAAUUCAGUCCAGACCAGGCAGCCCACUGUUACUGCAAUCCUCCAAAAAUGUGUCCAUCAAUAUCCUCAAUGGGAAGAAUCAGCUGGUCACACAACUUAUUGCAGGAUCCAGUGGAGUGCAAGCACGAGGGAAGAUGUUGGAAGUUAAAUCUAGCACAGGGAAGCUGCUGUUCUCUGCUGAUGAUCAGGAGGUGGUGGUGGGAGCAGAGAGGCUACGGGUGACAGGUGCCGAGGGAGCCGUGUUCAGCAAAUCUGUGGAGACGCCACACGUCAGGGCCGAGCCCUUCAAAGAGCUACGACUGGAGUCUCCCACGCGGUCUCUGUACAUGGAGGCCCCUAAAGGAAUCCAGAUCCUGGCAGAGGCAGGGGACAUCCAGGCCACGUGUAGAAGUGACCUACGCCUGGAGUCCAAAGACGGAGAGAUCAAUCUGGACGCACGGAGGAUCAGGCUGCUGCGUCUGCCGGAGGGCAAGGCCUCUCCAUCGGGGACCACCUCCAGACAGACUGUCUAUGAGGUGUGCGUCUGUCCCAAUGGGAAACUCUUCCUCUCACAGGCCGGAACUGGCUCCACCUGCCAGAUCAGCAACAACGUCUGCCUCUAGAACACAUACACACAAAAAUAUCUACACGCACACGCACACACACAAGCACUGAAACAUACACACACAUGUAUACUGAAACACACACACAUUGAAACACACAUACACAUUCUGAAACACAUACACAUAAAAAAUACACAUAUAGAUCAUACCGACACACAUGAUGCACAGUGUUAUCAAACACACACAAAGAGAGAGAGAGACACACACAGAGACACACACACACACAGAGAGAGAGAGAGAGAGAGAGAGACACACACAGAGAGACACACACACACACACACACAGUGUUCUGUCCCUCCUAACAACCCUCUGGCAGAAACUGAGAGGGAUCCUCCUGCGAUUUACAAAGAGACACUCAGAGUGACAAUGUUCUGUUCGCUGUCCUGAAGACAAUUUCAGUACCAGAAUCACUAGGGUGAUCACCCACAUUUAGAAACCCUGCAAUAUCCUGCCAUUUUACACUCUUUGCUUCAAGUCAUCUACCACACAUGUAGUGAUAGAGAAAGCUCAUUGCUAUUUUGUUCUAUGAUUACAUUUUUCCAGUUUGUUAGCAGUUCUAACAAUAUUGUCUCUUGUUUUGAAACAGGAAGUGUGUGCCAAUAGUGUUUUCUUUUGUGAAUGAUUAUGAUUGUCAAUGUGUCAAGAUUGGUAACACUUGCAUAUCAUGUCAAUUCACGUCAAUGUCGACUUUAUAGAAUCAUGAAGAGAACAACAGCAGCACAGAGUUUUAACCCACACAGCUAAGGGAACAUUAUGGUAAACAUUGAGUAUAUCUCAAUAUAUACCAUAGAGUAUAUACUGUAUAUAUACCAUAAAUACCAUAGAGAGCAUAUCUGCAAAUCUGUGUAUGCGACCAAUAAACUUUGAUUUGAUGGAGAUGUGAUGGUCUUCAUAGGUGAUCACCCUACCAUUUCCUCGUACUGGGACUGAACCAUUGUGACCCACUCUGUUCAAAGAGGGGAAAAUUGUGCCUGUGCCUUAUAUCAAUGCACUUGUGGCAAGGAGAAGCACAUCACACAGACUUUCUUUUGUUAAUGAGUACAUUUGAUUUUUCCUUUCGGUUAAAUCCGUUUUGUGUGUAGAGGAUGGGAAUGCAAAGAUAUCUCUGAUUCACCCAACUGCAUGCACCCACACCCUCUUUCUCCCUCUUCUUUUCUCAUAUUUUUUCAGUGAUUUAAUCCCUUUGACAAGAAUAUUUGGGCCAACAUAUUGGUAAACACAUGUUUUUUUUGAGAUAUAAGCGAGAGAGUCAUUUUUUUAUAUAGUUUAUCUGUAAAUACACAAUCACAUCUGUGUGUGUCAAGGACAUAUCUUCGAUAAAUUGAGAAUAUGCUCUUUUGCAAAUUAAAGCUUUUAUAUAUCAUGUGUUUUUGUAAAAAAAAAAGAUUGAAUAAGUAAACAUCUUGAUAUUCUACAGGUACGCAUGUAUAGUGUACAAUGUUUGCCUUUUGGGAGAAGUGAUAUUGCUUUUUCGUUAUGUUGGUCCUCUUCUUUGUGUGAACUUCUCACAUGCUGAGCUCAAUAGUACACAUGAAUACUAGCCCAUUUUGUUUGGCAGUUGGGGGUGAGGUCUUUGCAUUCCUCGUGUGUUGUAUGGAAUUUGUUCUACUAAGAGUUUUUUUUGCCUUUUAUCGAUUGUGUAUUUGGCUCUACUUGUUCAAUGAUGCUCAGAGUAACCGACACACAAACCAAAAAGUGGAGGGGCCCCUACUAUGACUUGAUACGUAGUCAUCUUGUACAGUACUCAUUGAGUACUUGUCCUUAGCUCCCAUACACUGCAAUCCUCCUGAAGCGAUCUGAAGUGAACAGUGUCUUUGUUGAAGUUUAUUAGAGAGAAAAUGGAUGUACUCAAGUCCACUUUGCCUUGCAUUGACGUCCUCUUCCUUUACUCCAUUUCAAUGGGGCUGUUUGCCUCAGCUUAGACCACUCGUUAUCAGCGCAGCCUCCCUGCUGAGGAAAGCAAUACAGUCUCCAGGAGGGUUUUUACCGCUGGGUUUUUACAGCUCUGUCAAUGUUGUGCUACUGUAUAUUCAAGAGAUGUUACGUUUUGUAUUAGCUCUGUAAAACGUUUUUUGUUUCUCCACAUAAAAGCCUUUUAUUAAUUUAGAUUUCAGACGCACACACUGUAAAAUGCCACUGAGUAUUGCUGAUAGUAUAUAAUAAACUAAAUGUCAAGAUGACUGAAGCAUUUCCCCAGGCAUAUUGAAUUUGGUCUGUUUUAUACAGUUAUUGUUGUCUGAAAAGCAGAUCAGUUGUCCCAGACUACAGCAUUCUUAUAUUUCAGUGUUCUGCACCAUGGAAAAGUUAUGACACAGACACACACAAAGUGUACAAACCUGAGUGUGUCCAGUGCUAAUUGACUAGAUCAGAGGACUGUAUCAACACCACUCAAAUUAAGUUUAACUCCCCUUUUCCUCUUCAUUAUAGUGAGACAGACUGUCCAGAGUGUUUGAUGUGUGUUUUGAUUGGUUAGGAACUGGGCAAAUGGCUGCCGUGAGCCUCAUUAGUGAGUAUUUGCUAAGUGCCGGUCACUGGUUGCCUCUGCCACAACCCCAAUAACAGACUAAGGAUUGCAAAUCAUUAAAAGCGGCCCUAGUCCUCUACUACUCUCCUGUCCACUGCACAUACAUGUCAUUCUGACUCCAGUUAUUAGAUAGUCUCUGUUUGUAAUUCUAAAACAACAUUUCCAAACCCCAGUCCUCGAGUACCCCCAACAAACUCACCUGAUUCAACUCAUUGAGGGCUUGAUGACUAGUUGACAAGUUGAAUCAGGUGUCCAUGUCCGGGGUUACAACAAAAAUGUGUGCUGUUGGGGGUACUCAAGGACUGGAGUUUGGAAACAAUGCUCUAAAAUAUAUACCCAUCAAUGACUCAACAGUGAACCCUUGACCGGGCCUUUCCAAUGUCAAGGUUGUCUUUUAUGAAGAGGAGAGUCCGAUUUCAGAUGCUUCCAUGUCGGUUGAUUGGACAGUCACUCUCAUGACAGUGCUUCUGGGUACACAAACAAAUAACCAUUAUUAUGGAGGACUUCCUGUAGAAUUAUUCUAAUGAGAGACACUGUUAAUCUUUGCCUUCGUUCAAGUCUGUCUUCUGGCCUUCUGAAAGAAGAUAAAGGAUCUUAUAUAGGAUGGGGGACUUAAGAAUCAGAUUUUCCAAAAGUGCUUGAUCAAACACAGUUCACACUUAGCUUCAGAAGGAUUAUCUAAGACCCUUUACAUGUUUUGUGAGAUAAUUUCCCUGCAACUAUAGCAGAAAAGCUAACUCAAAAGUCUCAUAAGGGUCCAUCAUUUGACAAUAGCUACAGUAUGUUUCCUUUAACUGGUCCAGUGAUUUUUGGUCAACAUUUAGAAAGUGACAAUUGCCUGCUAGGGUGUGUUUCUAUUUAACUUUCUUUUAAAAAAAGUGUUUCCAUUACCUAUUUAGGAAAAUCGCGCAUUAAGAAAUUGGUGACAGCCUGUAUGCCCUUCCACCUGUUUGUUUUAUUUCUCAGGUUGCCCGCAAAAGCCAGCAUGGAUAGAAUGCAAUAAUUGACUAAUAUUUGCCAUAUUAUAUUCUGAUGAAAAAUUCUCAUGUGCCAACGUAUCUCCACGGUCCGUGCCAUGGUGAAACUUGCACUCCUGUAGAUCUGAAAUAAUUGGAUGUUGAUACUUGCCAGCCAACCAGAAUAGCAAGGCAAAGUAAUUCAGGAAUUCUUGAAAGUCAGGACAAUCAUUGUCCUGUAAAUCAUAAUUUAUUCAAAAACACAGUUUCCAUCAUAAUUUUUCCAAUAAAGAAAGUUAGACAAAGAAAAAUACACCCCUGUCGAACAGAUAAAAAAUGUGUCAAUCUUUAGAAAAUGAAUCCUAUAUCUGCCAUUUCCAUCAUCACAAUUUCUACUUUUUUUGCGACAUUGUUGAAUUAACCUGGAAAUUGAAACCUUCCUAGUGGCUGUCUGGCAGUGGUACUCUUAUAGACUAAGAGUGAAAGACAUCUUCAAACAUACAUAGUUUCUCUGUGAUGGGGAUAUAAUUAUACAUAUUCAAUAGGCUAACCGCCAGUGGCUCAAGACACAGAAUGAUAUAUAUCAGAGCUACCAUUUUGUGGGUGUUCUAAACGCUAGCUAUGUGUUGUCUCUCACACCUCUCCAGUUGAACGAGAUCUAAUGAGCUAAAAGCAGGACUUUGAGUGCCAUGAUUAUUAUAUUCUAAUUUGCAAAAUGAUGUUUUAUGAAUCUUUAAUUCAUUAAAAUGGCUGUAAACACUAGUUGAUUGACAUAUGACAUAUUUUGCGUGUUUCUGAGAUAUUUAGUUGCACAAUUUUUCUGAGCUGAGUGUAAGUGCAUUCUUGUGUAAUUUAAUUUGUUUUAGUUCUUAGCUUAACAAGCAUGUGUGACGUCAUGUCUUGAGGCGAUUUUGAACAGCAUUACAUGUGAAAGGAGCACAAAAUGUUGAUGAGGUUAUGAGGACAAAACGACACUCACAAUCAAUAAUUUUUUCACUUCGUACCUUGCUUUGGGUUUGACAUUAGGGGUCAUUCUCUCAUGUGAAAAUAGUGUGCAGCUUGUCAUUUUGAACGAGACAUUGGUUACCUACCCUCUAUUCAAUCAAAAGAGGAUGCUUAUUUCAUAUUUUAAGAUACAGAUGUGAUAAAACGCUUUCAGGAGUGAUAGCUGUGUCAUCCGUGCUCGAGUAUGAGGUAUUCAUUUAGUUCACAUACAUUUAUUUAGUCCUCUUUGAAAAGAUUCAAUUACGAUUAAAACACAUUUUUGCAAAGGCUGAGAAGUCAUUGUAACAUUUUGUUCUCGUUUUUUGUUUGUUUUCACCAUGAUGUAAAUGAAGAAGAUCCUCGCACAUUCUAUGCAAAACAAAUGGAUAUAGACAGCAUUGUAAUAAUGCGAAUACGUGUCAGUUAACUAUCUUACAUUUAUUAUACUUUCUGUAUACAGUUUGUAUUUAUGAAUUGAGUUGCAAUCUAAAAUGUAUCAAUAAACUUAUUUAAAAAAUAA